AUGUCCACUUUAUUCCGAGAGUCCUCGGUCAAAUCAUCUAUUCCAUUGCCAACAAGGACCACGACAAGUAGACGCCCCGCAACUGCCAGACCAACGACAACCGCGACCAGCAUCGUAUCACAGGACAUUGUUUGUGCCGUCAGUGAAUCCCGUGGCAUUUCAUCCACUGUCGGCCUAGCCUUUGUCAAUUUGGCUACGGCCGAGGCGGUAUUGUGCCAAAUAUGCGACAGCCCAACGUACGUCAAGACCGUCACCAAGAUAGGUGUCUUCGAGCCAAAUGAGAUCCUUUUCAUGAAUACUGUCGCCGAAUCCAAGCUACGCUUCAUUAUCCAAGAGAACCUACCCGACCCCAUCCUCACCUUCCUAGAUCGACGAUACUGGUCUGAUAAAGCUGGGCAGGAAUGCUUGGAUCGUUUGGCAUUCUCAGAUGAGGCAGAUUCACUGAAGGUUACCUUGGGUGGAAGCUACUUUGCUGCGUGCUGUUUUGCUGCGGCGCUGAGAUAUAUCGAGUCGGAACUUCAGCGGGUCUUCACCCCUCAUUCGCUCCGCAUUAGAUUUGAGCCCUCGCAGGGGUCCAUGACAAUUGAUCUGAAGACAAUCGUAUCUCUAGAGUUGAUCCAGAACCUCCGUAUUGCAAAGUCCCGUGACAGCUUGUAUGGCCUACUCAAUGAGACAUUGACACCAAUGGGAGCUAGAUUGCUUCGAUCGACUAUUCUCCAGCCCUGCACAGAGCGGAAUAAGCUGACAGCCAGAUACAAUGCCGUGGAAGACUUAUCCACCAAGGAAGACAUGUUUGUAUCAGUCCGGCAGGCUUUGAAGGGUUUACUCGAUGCUGAUAAAGUCUUGAGCUCGAUCAUAUUGGUCCCCACAAAACAAACCAUUCAGUAUGUUGCACAGUCUGUCAACAAUGUCAUCAUCCUUAAGACCUACGUCUCCGCCAUCAAAAGGAUAUACCAGGCUUUGGGUGCAGCAGACAGUGAUUUGCUUAUCACGAUCCGUGAGGUGUGCUACCCCGCGGGACAUCGUGUGGUGGAGCAACUCAUUCAAGAUGUAUUGAAUGAGAAUGUCACCUACCAAAGCAAGCCGCUGGAUCUUCGAAAUCAACGAAUAUACUGUGUAAAGGCUGGUGUCAACAGUCUUCUUGAUGUUGCGAGGCAAACUUACAAGGAAGCGAAUGCUGAUGCAGCAGAGCUUGUGUCCAAACUAGGAGAUACCCAUGACAUGACUCUAGAUCUCAAAUAUGAUUCUGCUCGCCAUUACUACAUAUGCAUUCCUUCCGCUGAGCCCGAGCCACUGCCCGAUAUUCUUAUCAACAUAUUCCGAAAGAGGAAUCGCAUCGAAUGCCAAACACUCGAUCUAGUAAAACUGAACCAGAAAAUUACAGAUGCUCACAACGAAGUGAUCAGCCUGAGCGACCAAACCAUCCAGCAACUUCUUCGAGAUGUCUGCUCCGAAGUCGCAGGGCUGUUCCGAAUCAGCGAGGCGAUAGCCAUGCUCGACAUGCUCGCAGCUUUUGCCCAACUAUCAACAAGCUACGACUACAUCCGGCCCGAGCUGACUGAUACCCUAGCCAUAAAGGCCGGACGUCAUCCCAUCCGAGAGCAGAUCCAUGCCAGCAAAUUCAUCCCCAACGACGCGUACGCAACACCGCAGACCCGAUUCCAGAUUAUCACUGGGUGCAACAUGAGCGGUAAAUCAACGUAUAUCCGGUCUCUCGCCUUAACAACAGUCAUGGCACAGAUUGGCUGCUUUGUACCGGCGCAGUAUGCUUCAUUUCCAAUCAUGCACCAGCUCUUCGCGCGCGUCGCGACAACCGAUGACCUGGACGCGAAUGUGUCAACUUUCGCAGCAGAGAUGCGUGAGAUGGCUUUCAUUCUGCGGAACGUCCAACCGCGAGGCAUGGUUCUUGUCGACGAGUUGGGAAGGGGAACAAGCACGAAAGACGGGCUCGCCAUCGCCAUCGCUCUAGCCGAAGCGCUUCUCGCAAGUAACUCAUUCGUCUGGUUCGCCACGCACUUCCAUGAUUUAGCACGUAUUUUGUCCGAGCGCAGCGGUGUUAUCAACUUGCAUUUAGCCGCUGAGAUUACCUCGGACGCCACCAAGAUCACUAUGUUGUACCGCAUCGCCGAAGGUCCAGUGCCAGAUCGUCGAUAUGGAAUUGCGCUCGCUAAGCUGGCGAAUCUUCCACCUGAAGUUCUUAACGUCGCAAGUACCGUAUCAGAAGAACUAGAUCGGAUAUCUCAAUCCCGGAACAAUCCAUCGCGUAUUGUGGCUAUCGCUCGAAAACGGAAAUUGUUGCUCUCCCUGCACGAACAGCUUAUCAUCGCUCGAAACGGAAAGAUGACCAACAAAUCCCUUUUCCGAUGGCUGAAGAAGCUGCAGGAUGAGUUUGCACUGCAGAUGGCUGUCAAUAGCCAGGAAGUGGAUGCAGCUAAGGAGACCGACGAUGACCCGACAGAAGAAAAUGAAAUGGUUCCAGAGGCCUUGGGACCACCAGAUGACGUCUCGUCAGAGAAAGACAAACAGAAUCUAGAUGGACCCCGAUCAUUCGCAGAAGCAACUGUUGAUGAUCCAAUUUUGAUCAAAUCCGAUUCUGAGGAAAACAGUACUGGUAAUGACAGCGUGGUGCUCGUCUAG